AUGAAAUUGAAAGUCUUCUUUCUGCUGCUUUUUCCGAACAUUUGGGUUGACUCGCUACUCAUCGAUGAUCUGAGCUCAUUGAAAACCUGUGGUUCGAAGAAAACAGAAGACUUUGAGGAUCGUGAAUAUUUGCCGCCAGGAUUCAACAGCUACUCCGUCAAACUCAAGUUCAACAGGCAACAAUGCUCGGGAUCCAUUAUUCAAGAACGGACAAUUUUAACGGCUGGCCAUUGCUGUCACGAGAUCAAAGACAAUCCGACUGUGUAUUUCGGGGAAUUUUGGCGUCGAGGAGAUCCGUAUUUUGACAGUUUGCGCUUCAAUGUCACCGCUAGAAAGGUCAUCCUUCAUCCAGAAUAUCGAGUUUUGCCGACACAAUUCGACGCCUGCCUGGUUUUUCUGAACGAUUCGAUUUACGACGUCAUGCCAGAAAAUUGCUCCAGAAGUGGUUGCGUUGAGCCGGUUUGCCUGCCCAAUUUUCCAGUUGAAAGCUUCACCAACUACACUGCCAUUUCAUCCGGCUUUGGAAGAAAGACCUGGAUGCUGAGCAAGACACUGGACCACUACUCGGGUUCUAUUUUGACGGAAGAAAUGUGCUUGCUCCACGAAAACAUGCAGAAAAAGAAACUUCACAGCGGACAUUUCUGCAUUGGCAAUUUGAAAACGAUCAACGAAAAGGGAAAUUUGCAAGUAGACCGGAUCACCUUUUGCGAUGGAUUUUCUGGCUCGCCGCUGGUUGUCAACAGCGAUGGUUACGCAACGAUAGUUGGAAUUUUGUCCUGGGGAGGACGGUGCGGCAGAUACAAAAAGAAAUACAAUCCACUGGUUUUCCAAAAAGUUCACUCGAUUCUCCCGUGGAUUCAGAAACACAUGGAGCUGGAAUCGUUUCCGAUCAAGAUUACCGCUUCUUCAGAUGUUUCUCAAAAUUCUUCUGCACCAACGGAGCCCCCAAAAGUUGGCGCAGAGCCCACGAAACUUCCGUCAAUUUUAAACAAAACACUUCCGGAAGAAAAGACUCUAAUUCCAUCUGUCUCGACUUCCAGCAUCACAAAACAAACUCUAAGCUCUCUUCUCCCUGAAAGCGUUACUGAUACAGGAGCAGCUUUUGUCACAUCGCGGAAGCACCUUGACUCUGUGUCUCUCGAUAGACAAGAAGAAGAAAACCAAGAGUCUGUAGGCGACGUUAGCAAAGUUGUUGAAAUUCCUUCGACAUCCGAGGUGACCUUUCAAACUGUCAACUUGGCUACAGAAUCGACCACAAAACCAGCCCAAUCGUUACCGGAAGCGUCAAAAAGCAUCGACACUGAUUUAGUGUCCCCAGAAAUUCAAAAUGUCAAAUGGGAAAAGCUGAGCGCAGCGGCAGAAGAAGUGCAUGAAAUUUUAAAUAAAACAAAUUCCUCGCCAAAAGAAGAAUUUACAGAAGUCGAUGCCGAUAAAAGCAACUUUCAUUUGCCCAGCGAGUUUAUCUCUGCCAGUAACUCCGAUUUAUCAGAAGCGAUAGAAGGGCCUUUUGAGCCCGAAACAAAUAUUACAAUGUUGGUUGACAACAUGAAUGGGAAUGAAAACAUCAACGCUCACUUCUUGACGUCUGAUAGCUCUCACACGCCAGCAUUGAUUGAAGAUUUACCGAGCGACUCUCAGAGUAUUAAUUUGUCAGGGAAACGGGACCAGUCGGCAAACAUGGGUGAAAUACUACUCCCAAACUUUGACAAUGAAAAUGACUACACUCAAGUUAUUGAUGGAGCCGGAUUCUUUGAGAUUCCACCUAUUGUCGAUCCUGACAGUGCUCUUUUCAACGAAAAAUCUGGUGAUUACUUCUCUUACUCGGAUUUCUAUGUCGAUGAUGACAGCGAUUAUUGGCAAGAAAAAGAAGCGGAAACAAGUUUCGAAGAAGCCCCGAUAAUAUUUUCAGAAACAGACUCGUAUUUGGAUGAGUUAGGGAAAGACACCAAAGUCAAAGAAAUUCCCUUCGAAAUAUCGAUAAUGCAAGAAAAGGACAGAGUUCCUAUUAUAGCUCAUUCAAGUUAUGGAAGCAGUAGCAACACUGAAGUAGUCGAACCACCAAUCGAAUGGGUCUACUCGGCGGCAGAGACCAUUUCAUCACUAACAACUCUCAACAGCACAGCUACAACAACAACAACUUCAACCACAACCACAACAACCAGUCCAGAGCCCAAGACGACGUCGUCACACAUUUCAACAUCUACUUGGACAACUGGAACACCUCACAGGACAUCAACAGCAGAAAAAAACAGCAUUAAAAAUAAACAUAAUUCCCGUGAAGAACCAGUGACGCCAAAGAAUGUGGCAGCUCUAACACAAUCUCCCGUUUCGAUGGACUUCUCUUCAGUACCAGCAGCUAUGAGCAGUGACGCGAUGCACUCGACAACGUCAAAAAUCAUUGGCGUCGACUUUUACCAAGAGAUAGUCUACGAUACCGAGCAAGGAGAAGCAGGCACUUCCGAGCUUCCUUUAGUCACUCUUUUCCAAAAUGGAGCGUAUGUAUACUCAAGUUUAGGAAUCAUUGUACUCGCCCUUUCGAUGUGUGGUUGUUUGGCCGUCAGAAAACAAAGUCGUCAAUGCUGUUCCAGGCAAGAUUCAAUUUCCAAAAAGAAUUCAUUUCAAGAAACCCAGAGUUCUCGCAGUUCCUAUCUCAUAAACGAUGUAUAA